AUGUCCAGACUAAAACGCUAUCCCAUCCCCCUCCUCAUCCUCGGCACCUCCGCCGUCGCUGGCGCCACAUACCGCAUCCUCGCGCCGCCCUCUUCCUCCAGCACAUCCUCGCUGAAUCCACACACCUUCACGCCCUACACACUCGUCGACAAACAGCGCGUAUCCUCCACAAGCGCGAUUUUCACACUGCGGCAGCAAGGGGCAACGGAGCCAGAGAGUGUAAGAGAGGCAUGGAGAAGGGGCGGGAUAUGGAGCGUGCAGAUUAAACAACCGCAAUUGCAAAUCGCAAGAGCGUACACGCCGUUGCCGUCGGUGGGGGUGGGCGUGCAGCCUGGACCUGACGGGGCUACAGCUGUUGAUGGCGAUGCAGCGCGCGAAUUGAGACUGCUGAUUCGGCAGGAGCUUGGAGGCGAGGUGUCGACGUACCUGCACCGGUUACCGCUGGACGCGCAGAUUGAAGUGCGCGGACCGCAUGUCGAGCUCGAGCUGCCUGCGCAUGUCAGAGAGGUUGUUUUUCUGGCGGGUGGGACGGGGAUUGCGCCUGCGAUGCAGAUUGCGCGGGCGUUGGGGGCGAGGGGGCAUGGUUGUCGGAUGAGUGUUUUUUGGGCAAAUCGGAGGCGUGAGGAAUGUGUUGGGGGUGUUGGGGAUGGGAGGGGGGAUGGCAAGACGACGCGGAGAUGGACGGGAUGGUUCAAUGGUUUGGGUCGUGGCUCUGGGGAUUUUACACAGCAGCAACAUCAACGACAACAAGGACAAGACCAGAUAUCCCUGACAGACCGCCACGAAGACCAGGAAAAGGGCGAUAUUGUGAAGGAGCUGGAAGCACUGAAAUCACAGAAUACAUCUCAGCGCCCAUUCGAUCUCAGCCUGCACUACUACGUCGACGAGGAACGGACGUUUAUCCAGCCCAGCGAGAUUGCAAGGCGCAUAGGCCAGCCGCGAGACGAGGGUGGCGUGGGAUCACGAGUAAUUGUUGUGUCUGGGCCCGAAGGCUUCCUCGAGCAUUGGGCGGGCAAGAAGCGGUGGGCGGGUGGGAGGGAGGUGCAGGGCCCGUUGGGGGGACAGCUGGGGAGAAUGGAUUUGCGGGGCUGGGAGGUGGUUAAGUUGUGA